AUGGCUCAGCCACGGCUUGUCAAGCUGACAGCCGCAGAGGAGAAGACAUGUUGUGAGGUGUACAUAGAGGCGGCGAAGGGGCUGAUUCAGGAGUACACGGUGACAGUGGAACCCUUUGCAGGGGGGAAAGUGCUGGAAUCCAAGGUAAAGUCAAUCUUGAUGGGGCUGCAGGAGCAGCGGCUGGACACUGUCACAAUUGGCGGUGGUAAGGAGCCCUUCAAUGCGCUUGCUGACAAGAAGUUGAUCAAAGCGAUCAAGGAGUUCCCUGUGACUCUUCGCGGCUAUCUCAAGAAUGCUGCCUCUAUCCUACUGCCGGCCAUUGCUCACGACUCCAUUGGCCCAGCUGACUACAAUGCUGGAAUGAGCAUUGAGCAGCUAUGCAAAGACUGGGGUACAAUUGUUGAAGCGCAGAUCACAGCACCACCUCGUGCUACAAGGCUUCUGCAUGUCCUGGAUCCGGAAACGGGCCGAGUUAUUGCUCCGUUUGAGCAACACCAGCUAGUGGCCCAAAUUCUCGACAAUGCUGUCUGGCAGCGUCCUGGAGGGCUGGGUCAAACUUAUGCCCACCUUUUCGCAGCAAACAGCAUCCCAGAUGCCCUUGUAGCUCUGGCGAGCUGUGCAGCCCUUUGGGCUCUGUCGGAGUUCGAGACCGGAAAAUGUCGCUUGCGCAACUUCUCCUGCGACAUCAGCUAUUUGCGGAGCAGACAGCUUAUGGCGUACAUUGUCAAAGUCAAGCAGUCUGCAGAAUUACGAUCCCUGAGGACCUAA